UUAUUUAAUAUAAACUAGUACCUAAAUUUCGUUUUACGUUUAUCUUACGUGUAUUAUCGGUUGCCUAAUCAAGGGGGCUCAUGAGAUAGAUAAAAUAUACUAAUAAGAUAAUAAAUGAAUCAUCUGUUUAUCUCUAUUUGUAAUUUGAUAUAAUACAAAUUAUUAUUUAAUGCUUUUCCUAAUAUAGUAAUCGAUAUGUGCUUGUUGUUUCUGUGUGUGUAUGUGAGAUAGUGUUAUUUAGGGUUAGAAAAAACUUUUAAAACUGAGAUAAAUAACAUUGACCUUCUUAUUCGAAAGAUAGUUAUGCUUAACCUUUUUGUUACUACUGACCUAUAUAUGGAGCAACAAGGCAGCAGCUUUCAUUGCGGUUACAGUUGUCAACAUUUUUGAUACAAUAACUCUUGGAAUUGGCACUUGACUUAUAAUUUCGCUUAAAAAGUUGUUAUCAUUAUUAUUAUUAGUUAAAUAUCCGUAUACUAUGCACGUAUUCUUUAGUCGUUUAAUAUUUACUUAACAAUGAUGAUGUUUCUAUCAAUACGUUUAUAUUUCAUCCUUGUUUUUAAUCUAUUGUUUACGAGGAGCAAUGUAACAUCUUCCAAAAAUCCAGAUUCUUCCAAUAUGUUGGACAAAAUGAAUCGUGUGAUUUUAAAUAUUCAUAAUUCUUUUUUUAAAGAAAAUAUAACUAAUGUUUAUCGUGACAAUCCAUUCCUUUUAGAUGCUUCUUCUUUAAAUACGCAUUUAUCAAUUAAUAUCAGUGGAAUUAAUUCAGAAUAUAAUUCAUUUUUAAUGAAAAAUAAUAAAAUGAUGAAUGCUGUAAAUAGUAGUACACAGUACAGUCAUAAUCCAUUCUUAAAUUCAGUAAUUACAUCUACUUCAGCACCUUCUUUGAACAAACUAGAGAAUAGUUCUAACAUAUUUACUAAUAAUAUGUCUACCAUAAUGGAUAUUUCUAAUCGAACAAAUAUUCGUAAUCGAAGAAAUGUUUCCAAUAUUAGAAGGAAGUCUGAUAUUAAAUGUGAAGAAUACAAUGAACAAUUUCUGGUUGUAUCAGAAGUACAACCUUUAGUUGCUAUAGAUGUACGAUUUUUUCGAGUAAAAAACAACAAACAGUGUACAAUGUCUGAUCAACUUGUAAGUGGUGGCACAAUUGCAGCACCUGGUGAAUUUCCACAUAUGACUGCAUUAGGGGAAAUAUUGGAGGAUAGAUUUUUUAAGUUUCUUUGUGGGGGCACAUUAAUUUCACAUUAUUGGGUACUUACAGCUGCACAUUGUACUCGUGGGGAAAACAGUGGUAUAAAUGUUGUGAGAUUUGGUCUUCAUAAUAUAGAGGAUAAUAAGUCUGGAAUUAUGAUUCAUAUAGAAAGAAUAAUACGACAUCCACUUUACAAACCUCCUUUAUUGUAUGCAGACAUAGCUCUUAUUAAAUUACAAAAAGCUAUUAAUUUUAGUUCUUCAAUUAGACCAGCAUGUCUUUGUCAACAGUUCGAUGAGAUACUUCCAAAAGCUUGGGUUAGUGGCUGGGGUGCUUUAGAAUUUAGUGGUGAAAAAGUUACAAAAUUGCGAAAAGCAGAACUCGAUAUGAUAAGUAAUAUUGUAUGUUCAUUAACAUACGGUAAUUCCGUAAAAAUCCCAGAUGGUAUAACACCUGGUAUGAUAUGUGCGGGCGAUCUUAAUAGUUCGAGUGAUAUUAAAGAUACUUGCCAAGGAGAUUCUGGUGGACCAUUACAAAUACUACAUCCAAGAUAUUCAUGUCUUUAUAAAGUUAUUGGAAUUACAAGUUUUGCCCAAGUUUGCGGGAAUUCAAAUUCACCUGGGGUGUAUACAAGAGUCUCGUAUUAUCUUAAUUGGAUAGAGGAUAUUGUCUGGCCAGAGAAGCUUUAAUGAAUAUUUUGAUAUCUUACAAAAAGGUACAAAAUUUAAUUUAUUUAAAUAACUGAUCAAUUUUAGACGGAUUAUACAUUGUCUUUAUCUGUAUUUUUUUCAUUUAUAUAUAUAUAUUUUUUUUUUG